CACAAGAGAUGGAUGGAUGGAUCCUACAAUGUUACACUUGGGGGCCUGAAGGUUACCAGGAGUGCCAGUAGGAAGGCUGGGACCCGGGGCAAGGCUGCAGCCACCAAGCAGGCCCAACGUGGCUCUUCCAAUGUCUUCUCGAUGUUCGAACAAGCCCAGAUUCAGGAAUUCAAGGAAGCCUUUAGCUGCAUUGACCAGAACAGAGAUGGCAUCAUCUGCAAGUCAGACCUGAAGGAGACCUAUUCCCAGCUCGGGAGGGUAAGUGUCCCAGAGGAGGAACUGGACGCCAUGCUGCAAGAAGGGAAGGGCCCCAUCAACUUCACGGUCUUCCUCUCACUCUUCGGGGAGAAACUCAAUGGGACUGACCCUGAGGAAGCCAUCCUGAGUGCCUUCCGAAUGUUUGACCCCAACAGCCAGGGAGUGGUGAACAAGGAGGAGUUCAAGCAGCUUCUCAUGACCCAGGCAGACAAGUUCUCUCCUGCUGAGGUGGAGCAGCUGUUUGCGCUGACACCCAUGGACCUGGCAGGCAACAUCGACUACAAGUCUCUGUGCUACAUCAUCACCCACGGGGAUGAGAAAGAGGAGUAGAGACGCGCUGGGUUCACCUCAAUAAACUCUGUGCCUGAACU